AAAUAAAAUAAAAAAAACAAAACAAACUAAAAUAAAAAUAAGUAAAAUAAAAUAAAAAAUAAAAAUAUCAAAUAAAUAAAUAAGCAUUUUGUUGAUGUUAAUCAAGUGUGUAAGUAAUUAUCAAGCGUGCAAUAUGCAAAAUUCACAUUUCGAGUUGAAUUUUGCAUGCAAAUACAUUUAAUAUAGUGUAUGAAAGCAUUUGGACGGAUUGGUUGUUGUAUUCCUCUCAUUUGUAUAUAAAUCUUGGCAUUCUUCAGCUUUCUUUAAUUGUCUUGUGCUGGGAUUGUGCACCCAAAAAGCACAUUUGUCAUCAUUUACUCGCAGUUAUAUCCAAACUGUAUGAAUUUCUUUCAUCUGUGAAACACAAAAGAAGAUAUUUUGAUAAAUGUCCCAGAUGUUUUUUUUCCCAGAUGUUGUCAAUGGUAACCAAAAUUGUUUCAUUACCAAUAACUUUCAAUAUAUCUGCAGAAGAAAGUACGUCAUACAGAUUUGGAACAACAUGAUGAAAAUAUGCCGACAGAGCCCAACAUCAGUCAAGGAGAAAAUGGCGUGAACUCCAACUGCGCAAUCUGUGGCGAUAAAGCCACAGGUAAACAUUAUGGCGCUUCCAGCUGUGAUGGCUGCAAAGGCUUCUUUCGCCGGAGCAUCAGAAAGAGUCACGUCUACUCCUGCAGGUUUAAUCGUCAAUGUGUUGUUGAUAAAGACAAACGGAACCAGUGCCGUUUCUGCAGACUUCACAAAUGCUUUCGAGCUGGAAUGAAGAAAGAAGCCGUGCAAAAUGAGCGGGACCGUAUCAGCUCGAGGAGGAACAUACAAGACUCACAUGACCUGCCGCCAAUCACGGCCCUGGCUCACGCUGAAGCUCUUUCGCAGCAGAUCAACGCCGCCAGCCCAAUGGGCCCUGCUGAUGUUUCAGAGAAAAAAUCAGCCACUAUCAGUGACGUCUGUGAAUCUAUGAAGCAACAGCUGCUUGUUCUGGUAGAGUGGGCUAAAUACAUCCCAGCCUUCGGCGAAUUGCCACUUGAUGACCAGGUUAGUUUAUUACGAGCUCAUGCCGGAGAGCAUCUUCUGCUUGGUGUGGCUAAGAGGUCAAUGCCAUACAAAGAUCUCUUGCUUCUAGGAAAUGGCUGCGUUGUCCAUCGAAACUGCCCAGAGCCGGAAAUAGGCCGUGUAUCUAACCGAGUCUUGGAUGAACUGGUUCUGCCCUUCCAGGACAUCCAAAUUGAUGACAAUGAAUACGCAGCUCUAAAGGCCAUAGUGUUCUUCGACCCUGAUGCCAAAAGCUUAAGAGACCCCUCUAAGAUCAAGGCGAUGCGCUAUCAGGUUCAAAUGAGUCUGGAAGACUACAUUAAUGACCGGCAGUAUGACUCGCGUGGGCGAUUCGGCGAGCUUUUGCUGCUGCUUCCUACUCUGCAAAGCAUCACCUGGCAGAUGAUUGAGCAGCUACAGUUUAUCAAGCUUUUCGGUCUUGCCAAGAUAGAUAACCUGCUGCAGGAGAUGCUUCUUGGGGGUCUAACCACGGAGCAACCUCACUUACAUCACAAUGGUCACCCUCAGGUUCCAUUAAUGGGACAGACCAUAGUCAUUAGCUCCAUUCCAGGACCUGCACACUCACAGCAGAUGGCAUCCCCAGAUACCCCCAUUCCAUCUCCUACUUCAGUACAGAACCAGGAGGCCUACAAACCCUCUGCCAGCCCGGCUCUCCUGCUCCCACCACAGCCCAUGCCAAACAGACCCUCUCCUGAGCCUCCCCUAUGAGUCUCUUCUUUGCCACAGGCACUGUGUGUUUGUAUAUGUGUAAAUUGUGUGAGUUACACUCUUCCCUACAUCCAACACAACAUAUUUAUCUGAUCGAAAGAGAACUUUUGAAACAAAUUCCAAAUUUCAAAAUUUCAAAAUCAAAGUGGAUCACCACUAAUUGAAAAAUGUAUUUCAUUACGCAUCUGACAUACUAGCAGAUCUGGGGUUUUCCUUGUAUCAGCUUACCACAGGCAACCUUGUAAAAAUAGACAAUAUUCGUUUAUUAAUAAAAAAUGGUAUCAACAUUUUUUGUAUUAAUAAAAAGUCAAGAUUUAAUUUAUUAACAAAAUAAUACUAUGCAACUCUAAAGAAAUGUUAGUUAUUUUUUGAAAAUGUGCCCUCAAACACAAUAAAUAAAUGCUCUUAGUGCCUAA